AUGUACGGAGGUGCAUCCAUAGGAGACAAUAUCAAUGUCAAGCGUGACGCUGUAGGAGCUUUGAGUCACAUCUCAGAACAUCCUCAAGGAAGAAUGCAGAUUUUUCGCUCGGGAGGACUUGCUGAACUCAUUCGGAUGCUCUACUGUCCUGUGGAGACUGUGGUCCAAUAUGCAGUUACUACCCUUCGCAAUCUACUUAUGCAUGUGGAUACCGUCAAAGCGCAAGCUCGUGUUUUAGGAGCAAUUGAAGGCUUGGCGCCUCUCCUUCUCAGAACUAAUUGGAAAUUUUUAGCGCUGGUGGCGGACAGUCUUUACUUCCUUCUUCUUGAUGACCCACAAUCAAAAAUUGUCUUCUUGUCUUUGGGUGGGCCGCAGACACUCGUGCACAUACUUAAUAAUUAUACGCAGUACCCAAAACUAAUGUAUACUGUCAUUCGAUGCAUAAGAUCUUUGUCUGUUUGUCAACAGAACAAAGCAGCGCUCAUCUCUCUCGGCUGUUUACCCGCAUUGUAUAAAGAGUUGUGCGCUACGAACGACGAUCGCGUCUCAUUGGCAAUACUUGUUGCUAUGCGAAAUCUCUCAGAUGCGGCUACGAAUGAGGAUAAUCUGGCUCCCCUGGUCAUUCGUCUUUUGGAAAUCGUAAGAAUUGCAGACGCAGCUCAAACAUCAUGUGCUUGUGGUAUACUUAGCAAUCUCACGUGUAAUAAUAUACGGAACAAGCAGACUGUAAGUAAGUUAUGUUCUAAUCAUGGAGUGGAGUCACUUGUAGAGGCAAUAAAUCGUUUUCCUGAUGUUGAAGAAGCUACUGAACCAGCUCUUUGUGCUCUUCGCCAUUGCACAGCUAGACAUUCUUUUGCGGAACAGGUGAUUUUCGCUCAACAAGAUCUCCGGCUCUGUCGGAGUUUCCCAAUGCUACUGCAACUUUUGGCAACUCUUCGCGCCCCUGUGAUUAAGGCUGCUUUGGGAGUGAUUCGCAACUCUGCUCUUCUUCGAGCGAAUCUUGUCGAAUUAACGCAAGUAAUUUUUUUAAAGAAAUGUUUCACGUUUUUUCAUGUAUAAUA